UUGAGGAUCUGAUAGAGGAGAGAGAGGCGCAUUGAGUCCUUUACCGCAGUAUCACUACAUUUCUGCACCACUCAUCAAAACUCUGCGGCAUGCAGACAAGAGCAGGGGGGAGGGCAGAUACUAGAUAUAUCCUGAGUGUAGUAGUAACACCACCUCUCACCAUUUGCAUCCAUUUUAUGUUUUUAGAUAGGCUAUUGUAGAAGAAGCUGAAGCAGAAUUAGAUUUUGUUGAACUUCCUUUCGCAUUCAUUUGUAACUCCAGAUUCCUUUUGCGUUUCUGUUGUCCAACAUUUGAAACGCUCUCUGUUAUCUAGCCGAUCGUUAUUUUUAUUACAAGAACACAGCUUUCCUCGUUGAGAAUAAACCAGAACCCCAUCAGACAAGAUGGCAAAGGAUGCAGAGAAGGGCACAUGGAAGGAGUUUAUAUGGAACCCGCGGACCCGGGAGUUGCUGGGCAGGACUGCGAGUAGCUGGGGUCUCAUCCUCCUCUUCUACCUUGUGUUCUACAUCUUCCUGGCCGGUAUGUUUGCGCUCACCAUGUACGUGAUGCUGCAGACCUUGGACGACCACAAACCCACCUGGCAGGAUCGACUCGCCACACCAGGCAUGAUGAUCCGGCCAAAAGGGGUGGAGGCUUUGGAGAUCAUCUACAACACCCACGAUACAGAGAGCUGGGACCUGUACGCACAGGCCCUCGACAAGUUCCUUGGACCCUACAACAACUCCGUCCAGUCCCAGAAGAACGACGUGUGCGACCCGGACCAGUACAACUUCCAGAACGACAUGGACGAGGUGAAGAACAACCCCAAGCGCUCCUGUCAGUUCAACCGCACCGUGCUGGAAGACUGUUCUGGAAUCCAGGACCGUUACUAUGGAUACCAGGAAGGAACGCCAUGCAUCAUCAUCAAGCUCAAUCGGGUAAUCGGGCUCCUACCAGGCAAGGACGGCAUGGCGCCGUCCGUCAAAUGUGGAGCUAAGCGGUACAAAAUUGGGAAAGAUGAAUGGAGAGAAGACAAUGAUAAGAUCGGAGAGAUGCAGUACUUCCCCCCCAACGGCACUUUCAACCUCAUGUACUACCCUUACUACGGCAAGAAAGCUCAGGUGAACUACUCUCAGCCACUGGUGGCCAUCAAGUUCCUCAACAUCACCACCAACGAAGACGUUAACAUUGAGUGCAAGAUCAUCUCAAACAACAUCCCUGUAGGGAGUAUCAGAGACAAGUUCGCUGGAAGGGUGUCCUUCAAGUUGAGGAUCAACACUGUCACUGUCUAGGUCCACCGUUUCCUCUCUCUCUUUAUCCCUCCCUCGCUCUUACCUCUCUAUCCUUCGCUCUCUCUUUUUCCUGAGAAUGCCCCUCUAAUUCCACCCUCCUCUGCAACAACGUGCACGUACUGAAACACAUCACGAUAUUUCCACCCUCGGUUUGGUAGAAACCAGUUUACAACCCUCUUCUUCCCCCACAAUCACUCCCCCCCCCCCCCAUGCACACACAAACCAACACACAUACACAUACACAAGCGCACGCACACUAACACACACACACACACACACACACACACACACACACACACACACACACACACACACACACACACACACACACACACACACACACACACACACACACCUACCUACCGACCUGGGGUUGUGGUGGGAAUGGGUGACACCCCAGCUACAAAGGGGGUCCAGUCAUUUCUUUCUGUCUUUGAGCUUUGGGACCAUUUUCUUUUUCUUUCUUUAAAUCAGUUUGAGGUGACAUAUUUAUACUGCAUGAAAAUGAUAGGGGAUACAGAGGACGGGAAGGGAAACAAGUGUGUGUGUUGGUGUGUGCGUGUGUAACUUUUCUGAGUGUCCGCAUAACAAGGACGAGCACUAUCACCACCAACACCUCCAUCACCACGCUACUUUGACUCCCUUCUCCGUCACCUCCGUAUAGAGUAUCCCGUAUUUAUGAGUGCACACACAACAAUACAGAGUGUCUAUUUAUAUGAUAUCAUAAUCUUCUAUCGGUACGUCUGUUUUUUGGUUUGCACUCAAAAUGAACGAAAAUACCAAAACCCACCAAAAAAAAGACUACAAAACGACCCAACAGAAACCGUCUCGAUGAGAUAUCGUCUGAACGGGUGGAUGCAGAGACGAAGCGAUUUUGCAUGCGUGCAUCGUCAUAUGGGUUCUCUUGAAGGCACAACCGAAUCACCCCACCCCCCUCCCCCUCCCCCUCCCGAUGCCACCGCCUCCCUGCUGAGCGUGCACUGACCGCUGCCCACCAGGAGCCCCCCCCCCCCCCCCACACACACUGCCUUAACGCAGUGUAUCUGGAGAAAACACACUCACCACACCGACCGACCGACUCGCAGCCACACAGCCACUGAGCGCUUGAAUAAUGAAUAAGCACUUCCGACAGCCAGAGCUAGAUCUCCAAACCUUUAAAAACAAACCUGUGUGUGUGUGUGUGUGUGUGUGUGUGUGUGUGUGUGUGUGUGUGUGUGUGUGUGUGUGUGUGUGUGUGUGUGCGUGUGCGUGCGUGCGUGUUUGUGUGUGUGUGUGUGUGUUUGGGCGCAUGUAUUUGCGCAUUAAGUGUGUCGCCAUGUGUUUCUUUCCAUUCCCGAAGACCCAUUUCACAUUGUAGGCCGGGAUGUUGCAUGCGAUGUGCAAUACUCGAAUAAUCAACCAAGAUUUACCAUGAAUACAUCAUCACAGUCAAUGGGUAUAGAAGUAAGGUAUCUUUUGUUAUGUGUUUAAUUUUUGGCUUGAGAAUAGCUUUAUAAAAUACGUGAGGCAUGUGGUUUAGUUUGCUGGCAAUCACUGCAACACCAACCCAUUAUAAAUGAAUCAAAGUCAUAGGGGCAUGAUAUUUACACCACCAGAGAUUUUUAAAUAACUCUUAAACUUUAUUCGUGUUUGUAACCGAACAGCGAACCGGAACCGCUUGAAUCACUUCAGCGAUGCCCCCUAAAACUUGUAUUCAUUUAGUGCCUAAAGCCAGAAAGCCAUGCUUGCUAGUUUAUAACUUAUCUUUAAGAGACGCUACCGUAUUUGAACCGCUUGGUUCCAUAUGAUCGUAGGCUCACAUCAAAAUAACAGUAUUUUAUUUAUAGAAGAAAGAGCAUACCUCUUGGAUACUGAGGGUUUAUUUGUGUUAUCAUAUAUAGUGCUAGGUUUGGUUUGUUUUUCCAAGUAUUGCAUCAUUUCACAUCUGUACAUAUCAGAAAUGGAUGGCAUGUGUUUUUUUUUAUUGAUUUGCACUGCAAACGUUUUCUUUUCGUUGUGAGGAGGCGUUGCAAAAUAAUCAUUGUACAGUUGUGUGAGGGAGGGACAGCAAUGUGUGUCUGUUUGCUUGACGUUUGUCAUAUCUUCCAGAGUCAUUGUCUAGCUCUAGCAUAUCAUAUUUAUGGAUAUGCAUUUCCCUCAAAAGUCACACUAGUGUUUAAAUUCGUAGGGCAGUGUUUCAAAGUGUUGUAUAGAUAGCUAGCUAGCUUAAUCAAAAUUUGACCAUAAUUGAAACUGACAGAAGAAUCAUCAUCUUUGGUUGAUUAAAUUAAAUUCGGUUGGUGGUAGGCUGGCUGUCGCUAUACUGCUCCGUGACUCAAGAGCUGCCGGAGAGCGACCAAUAUCGACGUCUUGAUCAUUGUCCAGGCAUUGCAUGACGAGCAGAGCACCUGUUGACCUUGGUUGGGGACGCUUAGCGUUCUGGGCUAAUGUCGGACCAGGCGCUUUAUCUUGGGCAUGGCUGUGACCUUGUGCUGGUGCUACCGUGAUCCGACCAUGUCACGGUAACUGACCGUAGGAACACACACAUCUGUUCACUCUUGGCUCGAUUUCCAUUUUUUUAGACUUAAUAGGAGUUUUUUGUCAUUAUGCUCUUGUGUGAAUGGCAACCCAAUGAUCAAGAGUUCAUGUGUUGGAAGACAACACAGCUACCGGAAACAAUUUAUCAGUUGCGUUUGUCUAAAAACUUUCCAUGACGUUAAUUGGAUGUGUAAAAUGUUUAGUUUUUUUUUCUCUUGGUAGAUUUGUUACAAACCGUCCACCCCCUUUCAUUUGGCUUUCCUACAACAUUUACCUAAUUUCGCGGUAAUCUCUUAAUCUGGUCAGAUAAUCCAGAACAGGCACACUGAGGUCCUUUAUCCCUGUCUUUGCCGCUUCUCCUUGUUUCAAGGCCCCAUGUUCCAGCCCUGUCCUUUUUCCUCAAUGUUUUUAAUUCGAUUAAAGUUGCUAUGUAUAAUUUACUACAGAUUAACAGUUUUCAGUGAGCCAUUGAAAAUAUUCUAAAUCAAACGCAUUUUAUUUAUUUAAUUGGACAUUCUCCUUUUAAUCAUGCAAAGAUUGUCCAAAACCACCCAUUGCCAUCGACCAAAGACACUAGCGACGUGACCAUACAAUAUCCAGUUACUGUUGAAUUGAUCCAUUAAAAAUCCUUUUAUGCAUUGAUAUAUUAAAAACAGAUCCUAUCCAAGGUCUCCGGGUUCAAGACUAGGUGACAGUUGGAUGCUAGUGAUUCCUUUACCACCAGGCCUCCUCUAAUGUAAUGUAUCGCACAAAAGAAAUAGGUUUCACUAAAAGACAACAGUGCCUCCUGGUGGACAGAUUGCAUUGUUCCCAGUGUCACAGAAUGGUAUCUCCUGUUAUCUCCGUUUAUCCGUACACAUUUUCGACGAUAUUCUGGAGACGUCCUCAAAAAGCAAUAUAUCUAUUUCUUGUGUGGCUGUAUAAUGUAUUUAUUAAAAAGGAUGUUACAAAUUUAGCAUAACUUGAAACAUAAAACGCAAGAAAGAGAAAGUCAAGAGCUCUGAAUAUUGCAUAGACAUAUAAAUCAUGUUUGCCAAUGCGCAUUUCAAGAUAACAUUUCAGAAAAUAUCGUUUUAUUUAAAAAUAUAUAUUUUUAUUGCUAUUUUGUUGUAAAGAGAUGGGAAUGUAUACGAUUGGUCUGUAUUAUUACAUGGGGGUAUGUUAUUACCUAUUCAGAAUGUUUAAUUCAACAAAGUAAAGAGUUAAUACCUGCUAUUUGAAAGUCGAAGAGUAUUUUGUAAAUCCAUCGCCCCCUCCCCCCCUCCCCCUCAUCAUUUCAAUUCUCAAUCUCACUUUGUAUAAUUUGCAAACUUUACAUAUAGGCUUUGACUAUUUGCAGUGAAAGGUCAGUGCAUACUCCUACGGGUAGACAUGGCACAGGUGUUUCUCUGGUUUUAUCGGACCAGAAGAAUACAUUUAACCCUUCUGGUUUCUCAGAAACAACAAAAUGUUUACAUUUCUAAACACACAAAACUAUGAAAAUCAUUUUAAGUACAGCACAUACAGUAACCACUAUAAAGGUGCAGAUAAUUACAGAGUUGUUUUGUUUUAAACGAAUAAACCCCUAAAUUGUUCCCCAACCCGCCUUCGCCCUUCUUAAGAACUGAAUCCAUACCUUCAUUUGCCCCUUUGGAUGUGGUGCAAAGAUCUUAAGUGAACAAGAAAGAUUACAUUUAAAGGGAUUGGUUUGGCUGAUUUGACCCAAGCCUCCAGUAAUUAUAUUCUCUUUGUGUCUUUAUUUUGCUGUUACUGUAUGUAUAUUUUUGCUUAUGUUUACUGAAAAAAGAUAGAGAAAACAAUAAAUGUCAUUUAAGGGAACUCAUCAA